CUGAAGAUCUUCCCACUAAUUCAGAGGACGUGGGCACUGAGGAGAUUGUCAAGAAAGAAGAGGGCACAAUUAAUGCUGUUGCUGUCCUAUUGGCUUCUAAUAAUAUAUCGGCAAAUAUUGACAUUGAUUGGAAGGCGGGUGAAAGUGUUCCAUACGCGGCACUCGUUAAUGCUUAUGAAAAGAUUGAGGCAACUUCAAAACGUUUAGAAAUCCAGGAGAUAAUGACCACAUUCUUUUUGCGCAUUCUCGAAAAAAGUCCUGAUAGUUUGCUUGAAGUGAUAUAUUUAUGUAUAAAUCGGAUAUGCCCAGAAUUUGAAGGGCUAGAACUGGGCAUUGGUGAAGCUUCUUUAAUGAAAGCAAUUGCGAUGUCGACUGGCCGCAAAGUACAAGCCAUUCGGAAAGAGUAUAGCGAAACUGGCGAUUUGGGACUUGUUGCCAAAGCUAGCAAAAAAGCUCAAUCAACACUAUUUACGCCCAAGCCAAUGACUGUAUCAUCCGUGUUCAAGGCGUUCCGAAAGAUUGCCUUGACUUCUGGAGCAGAUUCAAUUGAGAGGAAGGUUCAAUCCAUUGCUGCACUUAUGUCUAGUUGUAGGAGUGGCGAAGAGGCAAAAUAUUUAGUACGAUCACUUGAAGGAAAGCUAAGAAUUGGUCUCGCUGAAGCUACAGUGUUAAUAAGUCUUGCUCAAGCUACCGUUAUGAACAAUUCUGAAUACAAAACCAUGUCCAAAAACGAUAAGACUGCCAAAUUAGCCGAGGCACCCAAUGUGCUCAAAGCCGUAUACAGCGAGCUUCCUUCGUACGAUAUUAUUGUUCCUGUUUUAUUAAAGCAUGGCGUCGAUGGACUGAGGGAACACUGUAAAUUAACACCUGGUAUACCGUGCAAACCAAUGUUGGCCCACCCAACAAAAAGUAUUACUGAAGUUCUUGACAGAGUGGAAGGGCACAAGUUCACGUGUGAAUAUAAAUAUGAUGGUGAACGAGGACAAAUUCAUCUGUUGGAGGACGGUACAAUCAAAAUAUUCUCUCGUAAUCUUGAAGACAACUCACAGAAAUUUCCCGACAUUAUUAAAAACGUUGCGCGGUUUAUUAAGGAAGGAACAAAAUCAUUUGUACUCGAUUGCGAAGUAGUAGCAUGGGAUAAAGAGAAAAAAAGUAUAUUACCAUUCCAAGUGUUGACAACAAGAAAACGAAAAGAUGUCAAGCAUGAAGAUAUCAAGGUCACAGUCUGUGUGUUUGGGUUUGACAUAUUAUAUUACAAUGGAGAGCCUUUACUUCAAAAAUCCCUUGAGACAAGACGUGAUAUUCUCUUUUCCGUCUUCAAUGAAGUCGAGG